AGAAUUGGCGGAGUGAAGUAGCACUCUCUAUUUUUAGCAACAAUUUUGCUUCAUCAUGUGUAAGUAUAAUAAAGUUAAAGCCAUUCAAAAUAGAGAAGAGUUGAAUAUCCAUUGUAUUGUAACCCUAGAUUUCGAAUUCAACCAAACAACGCCUUCUCUCUCUCCCUCUGUGGCGCAGCAGCCCAGCACCAACACGACCCAAUAAAGGAGAGGAGAAGAAUAAUACGAGUGAAGAAGAGGUGAGGUGGUCCAGUCCAAAUAUCUCCCAACGCAGUAGCAUAGGCAAUUAGGCACCUCAGCGGAUUUCUCGAUUUAGAAGAUUCUUUUUCUGCUUUUAUUUAAUCAAAUGCAAACCAAUAAUUCCACUGCUUCUCUUUGCAUGAAGUUUAGUCCUCUCCGCCGCAUCGGAGUUGGAGUCCUCAAUACCUAACCGCCUCUUGUUUCAACAAGCUCAAGAAUCCUUUAUUUGCUGCAAUUACCCUCCCCCCUGCUCGCCACGUCUCUGGUAGAAUUUGGCUUCUUUUUGUAUUUUCCCUUUUCGUUUCGUGAAUCUAGGGUUUGUUAUUUUGCGUGGGAGCUCUUGGGAGGGGGAUAGGAUGGCCGGGAAUGGGCAGGGGAUAGAGCCUGCCGUGCUGGAUGACAUCAUCAAUCGCCUGUUGGAGUUCCGGAACGCGAGGACUGUGCGCCAGGUGCAGCUGUCCGAGAAUGAGAUCCGUGCUCUCUGCACUACGUCGCGCGAAAUCUUCCUCUCGCAGCCCAAUCUCCUCGAACUCGAAGCGCCUAUCAAGAUCUGCGGCGAUAUUCACGGACAAUAUGGAGAUCUUUUGAGGCUUUUUGAAUAUGGGGGAUUCCCUCCAGAGGCGAAUUAUUUGUUCUUAGGGGAUUAUGUUGACCGAGGCAAACAGAGUUUAGAGACAAUAUGCCUUCUUCUUGCCUACAAGAUCAAAUAUCCUGAAAAUUUCUUUCUCUUAAGAGGAAAUCACGAAUGUGCUUCUAUUAACAGGAUAUAUGGAUUCUACGAUGAAUGUAAACGCCGUUUUAAUGUUAGGCUGUGGAAAGUUUUCACUGAUUGUUUUAACUGCCUUCCUGUAGCGGCUCUUAUAGACGAUAAGAUACUUUGCAUGCAUGGUGGUCUUUCUCCUGAUCUAACGAACUUGGAUCAAAUAAGAAAUUUACCUCGUCCGACUGAUAUUCCUGACUCUGGUCUGCUUUGUGAUCUACUUUGGUCUGAUCCUAGUAGAGAAGUUAAAGGUUGGGGAAUGAAUGACAGAGGAGUCUCAUACACAUUUGGUCAAGAUAAGGUGGCUGAAUUUCUCAUGCAACACGAUAUGGACCUGGUUUGUCGUGCACAUCAGGUUGUAGAAGAUGGCUAUGAAUUUUUUGCUGAUAGGCAACUAGUUACCAUAUUUUCUGCUCCCAACUACUGUGGCGAGUUUGACAAUGCUGGAGCUAUGAUGAGUGUUGAUGAGAGUUUGAUGUGCUCAUUUCAGAUUCUGAAACCAACUGACCGAAAGCGGCUCUUGUGAAGCAAGUGCUCUCAUCAAUGUUCUUGGCUCUCCGGGAGUAUCCAGGAUGGUUUCUUAAGCUGUUUGGUGACCUAAUGUAUACUGGUCCUUCAACUUUGUAGAACUCGGAGACAUGAACAACAGUACUAAGGCAUUGUGCAAUGGCAGAAUGUUUUAAGAAUCUUGUUCAUGUAUUGUUUGCUGAGGUGGAUACCCCUAAAGACUGAUUGGGAGGCAACUAUGAUCAAAUGGCCCCAAGUGCUGUAUUUUUGUUUCGUCAUUCCCUUUUAAUAUAUUUCUGAAUGCAAUUUAUGAUUCGACUGUGUAAAUCCACUUGUUUGGUAAAUUGCGAUGCAAGUGUAGAUUUGUUGCUAAAUUUCUGAGUUGCCUCCUGAAACACUAUUUUGGUGAAUCUUUCAUAUUGUAACGUUGAUUAAGUCUUUUGCCAA